AUGCGUGUGAAGAAACUGAACGUAAACCGACGCCAGAAACCAGGCGAAGACGACGCAGUGAUUGGCGUUGGAGCCAGUGGAGAAGACGGCGAGCAGCUCAAGUGGGUGAGUCCUACUAAGUCGCUGCAGGGAGGAGUCGCGUCCAGCAGCAGCAGCACCAGUGGCGCCAGCAGCCCCACAGAUGCUCAGCAACAGGAUCUGAGCAAGCACUUGCUGUUGCCGCUCGAACCCGACAAAAACAGCUCGGAGCUCUUUGUGCAUAAAGCUAGUGACGUUGCAGCAGUCGUGCCCACGUUAACAGCAGCAGUUGCAGAAGUGGGUGACGUUGGAAUGGGCGAAGAGGAGGCAGUCGACAAGGCCGUGCGCAAGGACAUGGUUGAUGUGAUCAUCGAGACGCUACGAGCGAUGAAGCCUCAAGCCCCCGAGAAAGUGCUCGCUGGACUGCCGAGACUGGCUCAGCACAUGGAGAAGGCGCUGUUGAAGCUCGCCAAGAACGAAGUCGAGUACAGCGACCACAAGACGCUGCGGUCGCGCAUUGCUCAGAUCCAGGAAACCAAUGCCAAGCGACUGCUGGCACAACAGCAACAACAGCAACGACAGCAGCAGACAUCCGAGCAAAACAGCAGUGGCCACAAUGCCGUGCCAGCACUCAAGCCAUUGACGGAGGAGCAGGCUUGCAUUGUGUUUCAGCAUUUGCAGUCGUGGCGCCAGAACCUGGUCAACGUGCACGCGGUGGCACCAUGGGAUAUCUUGCCCAACCCGACACUGGCCAAGGUGGCGCUCUACAUGCCGUCGAGCGAGUCGGAACUUGCUGUGUGCGGAGUUGGCACCGAUCGGAUGACGCGAUUCGGCUCCUCACUGAUGCAGGAGCUACAGCGUCUUCGUGGUUCGAAUGAACGAGUCGAUAAGCUGGGCAAAGCUACGACCCCAAGCACUGGGAAGCGCAGCUCUCCUGAGUCGAUGGCUGGUCAUACCAGCAACAAAAAGCAGAAGGAGGGUGCUGGUGCACAGUUAGCGUCCGUGGCUUCCAGCGGGAGCAGCCUUUCGUAUACAGUGCAGACGUCGGCGCCUCUAUCUGCGGCUUCGCUUCCGACACUGCUGCCAAUGGUGUCCAUGCGACCCGGAGAACGAGGCACUUCUUACUGCAGCACGACAAUUAGCAGUCCAAAGACGACGUCACCGUCCCAUUGUCCAUCAACAGCAUCCUCCCGUGCGCAGACUUUGCAGCACCAAAGUUCAGCUUGUCCUGCUCUGGAGAACCACAUGCAUCUGCUGGUCCAAGGCGCCGGUCAAUUGAGCAAACAGCAGCAGCACGUCAAGAGCCUCGAGACGUACGAGCAGGAGGUCCAGUCGCUCCGGUGGAUGCUGCAUCAGUCCCAGCAGGAAAAGGCACAACUCGAGACGGAAGUCCAGCGCCUACGGGCUGCACUGCUCGAUACAAACAGCAGCAAGUGA